AUGCACGAGUUGCCUGUCACCACCGCACUCCUCGUCAUCGCUGUCUUGCUGGUCGCCAUCCGGUUGUGGACGCGGAUCAGACUGAUCAAGAGUCCUGGAUAUGACGAUCUUCUUGUCACGCUUGCCUUGGCGGCUUCCAUUGCCUUCUACGCAUUCAUUCUCUGCGAACGCGAAAAUGGCUUGGGCGUCUCGAAUAAAGACCUGCCACUGGAGGUGAGAAAAGCGCAGAUGCGGAUGCUCUGGCUCUCCGUCCCAUUCUACAACGCCUGCUUGAUUCUCUGCAAACUCUCUGUCCUCAUCCUCUACCGCCGCAUAUUCCACCGCCGAGCCUUCAGAAUUGCAAGCUACAUUCUGAUCGCAUUCCUAAUUAUCUCUGGUCUAUGGAUGGUAAUCAGUGGCUUCGUGUUCUGUGUCCCAGUCGAUGCAUUUUGGUCCGGUCGAGUCCUAAACACCGAAACCCAAUGUCUCCCUGUCGGACCAGUCUGGUACGCGAAUGCAGGGAUGCAAAUAUCCUCCGACAUUGCAAUCCUCAUCCUGCCCAUGCCCUUCCUCUGGGGACUCCACCUACCCCUCCGCCAACGCGUAAGCAUCAUGCUCAUCUUCGGCAUGGGUAUCUUCGUCAUUGGCACCAGCUCCGCCCGACUCUAUGAACUAUAUCGGAUGAUUAACGGCCACGACUUCACCAAGACAAAUAAACACGCAGCCACCUGGUCCUCUCUUGAAGCGAACGUCUCGAUCAUCUGCGCUUGUCUUUUACCAUUGUGGCCAUUCAUCUCGAGGAUAUUCUCCUUCUGUUUCCGGCCUCAACCAUUGCAUUCCUCACCGGCUACCAGGCAAACUUCGAAUACCACACAACUCACCUCGGUGCUUCACAGCUCCCGAAAAGCAUCCUUCUACGGCCCUGGAGUCGGUUCAGAUGGUGGAAUCUUUUAUAACGACUUCUUCUACGCUGGUCCGGGCACUUACUCAGCCAGUAUCGCCAAGACGGAUCAUACCGAGACGAACAUGAAAGAUGGAGAUACGGGAAGUGAUCCGGAUGCCAUUCGUGUCGUGCGAGAGUUGAGGAUCGGGUCGGAUUCGGUGGCGCCUAGUCCGACGCUCUUGUCGGAUCAAACCCAGGAUCGGGAUUUUGAGGCUGAGAGGAGUAGGGGGAGUGGGGCGGGUACGUGGAAUGCUUCUAUUGAGUGGGAUCUCGGGGAUUUUAAGUUCCCAGAUUACAAGGAGAGGAUGAAUGCUCCCAUCUAG